AUCGUUGACUUAGUCUUACUAUUGCCUCCUCCCGGUGUGGCUGCGGCUUCCCGAAGCAGUGUCCGUCCCCCCCUCCCCCUGUCCAGGAUUACCUCGCGCUAAUUAAACCCGAAGAUCGAGAGAGAAGGAAACGGGUCCCUUUUCAUCAUCCCCGCGUAGAAUAGAAUUCGUUUGGACAGUGUUCUCUUGUCGAUCCGAUCAAGCCGAUAUUACCGAUGCCAAACGCGAGUGUCGAUCUUCUUCAUUUCGUAGACGAAAUCAAGAUUAAUCGCGACUGCGUGUAAAUUUUAUUUUUAUCUUUUUUUUUUUUUUUCUGUUCGACGAAACAGUGUGACGAACGAUAUUUCUCUUACUUUUAAGGGUAAGCAACGUAUACAGUGCGGGUUUGUGUUAAUCGUUGCAGGCAAGAGUUGCGCUUGAAAAGAAAGUACCGAUCGUCGCGUUUACAGGUACAUCGUAUACCCAACGUAUAAGUAGACAAAACUAUAGCUGUACGUAAGUGUACUCGAAAAUCAGCUGUUUUGUCGGAUCGUGCGCUGGUUUCGAAGUUGAUCAUCGUCAACGAUGAAAUAUUACUACAAGACACCCGGUACGUGAAAUUCUCGGUCCAUCGCGAGCUGCGGUUUCACGUCCGAAUCCCGAGGUGUGUGAAAAGAAGAAAGAAAAAAAUUAUUGAAAAAGAAAAUACGAAACUAUAAAGUAACGGUUUAUUUAUUUACGGUGCCUGGAGUCCGUAGCUGAUAAAGAGGAAAAGACGCGCUUGACGGUGUAAAAAGUUCAGAGUUCAAAGUCAAGACAGAGAGAGAGAGAGAGAGAAUCAGAGAUAAAAACGAAAAAUGAAAGAAAUCCUUGCCUGCCUUUGAAAAUUUCGCUAAAUUUCUUGCUGCGGAUCAGCACUGAUCGGUUGAUUGCGAAUUUUCAAGCCAGAUCAAACCACUUGCGGAGAACGCGGAGGCGUUCACCCGUGAAAAACAAAGUGACCAAGUACGCAGCGCGCAUGCAAAUUGGUCCGGCUAAAUCGAGCAGAUAUAACCGUAAAUCGUAAAGUUCUUUUGCGCGUGUGUAAAAAUCGUGAAGAGGGUGAUACCGACUAAAACUCGUUUCAAUUCCCGGCCGAUUCCGAGGGCGAGCAUGCGUAAAUUCGACAUUUGGUAUUCCCAUUAGCCGAAAUUUUUGGAAAACUUUUCCCCAAUUGCUGCAGAGCUCCUACAACACCUCGGUCUGUCUAGCUGACAGCGUUGCGGAUAGUUCGUUGAACGCCUCAGGGUUUCUAUAGAAGGAAGUUGCACAAGAUCGGGCAACUACGAAAAGCAUUCUUCAAACGUUUAACGAUGCACCGUUGACGCGAUCGAGCCGGCUAUUAUAUCCUGAAAAGACAAGUGCGGACCGAAGGAUUAUCUGGAUUAUAAAAUGUGUCUAUAAAUCGGAAAGAUUGACAAGUCGUACAUCAUACGUGAAAGUAAACCGCGAUGAUCAUGUCCAAGUGCGUCGGUAUAACAGAAAUUUCUAAUCGAAAAUCAGUGAUCGUCAAUAAACAAUUGUAAGGGUAUAAUAAAUCGAGGAAAUUGUAUAAUCGGUAAAACAUAUUUUGGCUCAUUUAAAAAAAAAAAAAAAAAAAAAAACACAGUUUCGACAGAUCAUUAAAGCAUCCGUCCAAACCGAGUGAUAUACGGUUCGGCGAAGUGAUUCAUAUCCAGAGGUGGAAGGAUUGGCUUAAAGACAAAUUUAAAAAAAAAAAAUAAAAAAAAAAAAGAAAACGUUCAGUGCAUCGAGUAUAAACGCGCGAGAGAAUUACCUCAGCAUUGCACCUAUCCACCGGCAGGCGUCAAGCAAAGGUCAACCGAGCAUAAAGCGUCGGAAGUGGCGGAGCGACGAAGAGGCGGCCUGGAUCCAUCGACGCGUUAGCCAUGAACCUGGUGCCGCACGGAAUAUUGUUGCAGGUUAUCGUGUGGCUCAUAAAUUUCCAGCAUGGCUUCAGAUUGUGCAGCGGAGGUGAACCCGGGUAUUUGGACUUCGACAAUUUGCCGGAGACGAACUUUUCCUGUGUGGGCAAAGUCAUCGGCGGAUACUACGCUGACGUGGAAACUGGCUGCCAGAUGUUCCACGUCUGUACCAUUGGACAGAAAGAUUUGGUUUCAGACGAGAUAAUGGACAUCAAGUUCUUGUGCCUUAAUGGGACGGUGUUCGACCAGGAGACUCGAGUUUGCGAGCGAGUCGACGAGGUCGACUGCAGCAAGAGCGAGCGCUUCUACAACCUGAACCUUGAGCUCUAUGGAAAUAAUGCCGUCACUCUGAGCCUCCACGGGGUAUCCGACGACGAAGGCGAGGCCACGGAAUCCAUUGACGAUAAUCAACUCCAGACGACGAUUCAUCCGUCGACCAGCUCAACGACUACGACCACUCAGCGACCUACCAUUCCUCCAGCGACUACACCAUCGACUCUGUAUCGCCAGCAGAACACCGUAUAUCCAUCGCACUACCAAACUCCGACCGUGUACUCAACCUCGCAAACCAGCCAAUCCAAAUCACUGUACGACGACAAGAAUUCCGGCUACAACCGUCAUCAGUACAUUUCGCACAACGGCGAACAGGCCAAUAAUCAGGCAACGUCCUUCCAACUCUUUAGUAAUCAUGGUAUCGGUUCGAGUACCAAUCCUCCUCAGGUGCAUCAGGCGAGGUAUGGAACGACGUCGGCACCUCAGAUAAUCCACAACAGUCCGUCUACUGUGGCACCUCUGUUCCACGGGAUUUCUUCGACGAUUCAAACAUUGCUUAACAGCAACGCCAAUAACCCGUCGUACAUAAAUCCGAUAUUCCAUAACCACGGCGCGGUAAGUACUACCGAGCAUUUCACGAUCCAUAGCAACAACCCGAGAGAAACCCAAGAGUAUCACGAUGAUGGGGAACGAACGGAGGACCGCAGGCCGCUGGAGGCCAUACAAUCAACGAAUCAAGGAAAGGUUAGCAAGCUCACUAUAUCGCCUGUACCCACGGAUGAUGAUUCGCCUGAAUCGGACGAGAAUUCGACUUCAAAGAUAUCACUGGAUUUUCAUCCUGCGCCGACUAGCACCGAGCAAACGGCAAGGUCUUUCUACCCAACACCGAGAUCUUCCCCUAAGCCAGAUUCUGACUCGACUCAAAUCACUCGGCACAUUCACUUGUCGCCAUCUGCAGCGAUUCCGCAAUUGAGACCUCAGCAAAUAACGAUCAAUUUACCACCGCCGGACAUCCAACGAAUCGUCCAAAAUCCCUCGCCCCUUCUUCCUUCGCAGUCACGAGUCAUUGUAACUGCGAAGGCCAGCGUCAGCGACGAGUCUGGACGUCCGUUGAAUACCUCGGAACUGGUUACGCUCCCUCUGACAACUAUACCGGCUAGCUAUGACGACUACAAGGAAGGUGACGAGUCCUUCGACCCGUUUUACAGGGAUGUGCCCAAGAUUAGGCAGUCACGAAGCGCCCGGCUAGCAAGGAGUUCACUGGAGGCGGCAGGGAAGGUGAGGUCUUUGAAUCGGCGUAGGCAGGCGAUUGUUCGGUUGAAGAGGGAAGUUUUGCAGGACCAAAGUGACUACGAAGAAGAUGAUGAACUGGCUCGUGAUUAUGAGUAUCCCGUGAUUGAUGACUCCCGUGAAUAUGGUGGCAAUCAUCCGUUACAUACCGAUUCUGAGGAGAUCAUGGACAUAGCAACGAUUAAGGCUAACUUUAAAAAGUUUAAAGCACUUUUAUUAGGAUAUCGGGCAUCAGCAGAAACAUCAGCUGAGAAAAAGACCUCGAAGGAGCGCCCGAGUGAUGUAAAGUCCAAGUCACCCAAUGAUGGUAAGAAAGAUUCUGCCUUCCAUAAUAUUGAUGAAAAAUCUGAAACGAUCGGUAACAAGGAAACGAAUGUACAAAGUGAGCCAGAAGAAAUUAAAGCAAAUGAGAAUCUCAAGGAUUCAGAUAACAACGAUAACGUGAACUACGACUUGAUGCCUGUUGAGAAAACUGCAGAUAUAGAAGGAAAAGGUCAUACCGAGAUAUCUCUCUCAGUCCCGAAAGAAAUGAAAGCAGAGGAGCAGAAUGAUACAGACUCAUUGUUGGGUACGCAAAAAGAAGAUGAUCAGCCAGAUGUCGAACUAUAUUGCAAAUCUGCAUUUAGUAAAGAAAACAAAAAAUGUGUUAACGAGUCUGCGAUGAGCAAAAAUGAUUCUGAAAAGAAAAAUAAUUUGGAAAUAAUCGAAACUGCAGUCGAUGCUGGAAAGACAAAGACUGAGGAAGCGGUAAAAUCUGGAAACGCGACAACCUCUGCAGUCUCAAUAAUAAAAAAUGCGUCCGGACCUAAGUCUCCUACUACGAUCGGUUCUGACGUCGACGAAUAUAUUCAUCCUGACAUUAAAGAGGAAACGAAGGUGUCAGACCUUGACGAACACGUCAUUAAAUCUGAAUCUGUUCCAACACCUACGGAAUCUAACGUCAAAGACAUGGACUCCAAAGAAUAUGAGACCCUAAAAUCUGAAGUGAACACGGAAGAGCUGGAUGUGCAGAAACUUGUUGAAGAUACCGAAAAGUUAUCUUCCUCUCGCCAUGAAGGAAUUGUGCCGGAUGCAAUGCUUCGCGACGGAGAUUUGCGAAAUUCGGAUGCGGCAAUCAUCAAUAGUGAUGCGGUCUCACACGUUGCUCCGGAAACAAAGUCCGUACCUUACUCUAACGAGACAAGAAUUGAGGAAAAGGAAAUAACGAGUUUCGAGAAAUCUGAACCCAAGCCUGAGCUCAAGACUGAUCAAUCGCACAUUGAGGCAGUACCACAAAAAUUAAUGGAUAUGUCCACAAAUGAACAAGAAUACCCUAAAAAUUACAGUAAGACGUCGCAAGUACCAUCCGAUGUUAGGGUACCAGAAGCUGAAGUAUCAAAGGUCGAGAAAGAUCGUGAGGGUGAAUCUGUUGACUCCAAAGGCAAAGAAGAUCUUAAAUCUGAUGACGAUUUCACCGCAAAGGAAUCUCAUCUCAGUAAAAACCACACAACUCAAUUCGAACAAUCCGAAGCAACCCCCAACGAGAAUCAAGAGAUUGAAAAUAGCAAGUCAGUGGUGGCUGAGAAUGUGAAACCGCAAGACUCAGCUGUAGAACAAAGUAUUCCCCAUAGCAAGGAGUACGAAGUCGAGGGUCAAUUAACUGAUGACGUGAUCGAUAAAGAGCUUAAUUCUUCAGUUGUAAAAGUAGAAUCUGCAGCAGAAAUGAGAGAUUCCCCAACCGACGAACAGUCCGUGAAAGCAUCAAACUCCGAGGAAGUGAAGGCAUCAAACUUAUCAAAGUUGAAUCCGCAAGACUCAAAAGCAAUUAAAGAUGGCUUCUCAGACUUAAAAUCAGAGAAGCCAAAGACUUCCACCUCAAAUUCUCCGAAAUCGGAGAACGAGACGUCGACCAUCGAUGACAUGCGAGAUAAACCAGCAUCACGGUCAUCGAAAGAAGUCGACUCUGAAGAAGAACCAGAUAACAACUACUCCAAAAACAUCAUGAAUGAAAGUGAAAAUGAAAAAAAACUCGAUGCUCAGAAUGAAGAAAUGCAUGAGAAAACCUCAAAAGAAAGUACCACUGAAAUAAAGGAAUCGGAAACGACCCAGUCAUCGGACUCUAGGGAGAAAACAGAAGAUGAAUGGAUUGCUAGCAGGGACACUAAUGAUUACCCAUCAUCAGAUACGAGCGGGGUUCAUCGUUCUGCGGAAAAGUCAUCGGAGUCACCGAACCAGAUACCAUGUGACGAGUCGGACUGCGAAAAGGCUACGUCAUCACAGAAGGCAAGCUACGAGGACUCAAGGGGCGAGACGGGGGAGUACGACGACUAUACCUCUGACGAGUACAACUCUAGGUCUAGAGAUUCGGAACCUUAUAAAAUGAGUAGCGAAUACAUUGGAUCCCAAGAGCCGACGUCCAGGGACAGCUACUCGGAUUAUAACUCUGAGGAAUAUUCCACUUCGAAUGAGGAUGAUGGGCCAGUCAGUGGCGAAGCGUACUCGAUCGAAGAUUCCAAGCCGACGGUAUCGAGUGAAGAUUACAGCACGGAGGGGGUCUUGAAGUUCACUGACGAGAUACCCCAUCUCAAGAAAAAACACUUGAAGCAGAAGAUCGAGGAAGCGUCGAGCACCGCGGUCGGCUCCGAGGAUUACGUUGACGACAAUUACGAGCCUGAACACUACAUCGAAAAUUCGGCAGAAAACAAUGAGUCCUCUUUCGACACUACCGAGGAAAAGGAACCCAAAGCCGUAUCCGAGUCCUCCAGCGAAUAUGGACUAAACGACGAGGCUUCGGAUAGUCGUCUCCCAACUACCUCGACUACCACUACUACUACGACCACGACGACCACCACGACUAGACCCGUUCCUCCAAGUCUCUUCAGGCCGCUUACUGCGAGGAAAAAUUAUAAGUACAUUCCUCCAACGACUACUCCUAACCCGGUGGUAAUCAAGCACAGAUUUGGGCUUGUGAAUCCGCGACCUGCGAAACCCAUCAAGAGCUACAAUCAACUUGCUCCAAGGCCUGUGAUCAGGAAGAACCCACUGCUCUCGAGAAGAACAUUCGGUACUGAAAGCACGACACAAAAGUCAACCAGCUUGGUGCGGCGAAUCGACGACUUUGAAGACUCGUCUGAGAUUAUCUGGACGUCUACUGAGUACAUUGACGAGGAUGAAAGACCUCGAGAGAACAAACUAACUCGAUCAGCAAACGACGUCUCUUUCAACGAUACAAUCGAAGCUUCAUCUAACGACAAAGGGCAAGAGGGAACAACUGUUGGCCAGAAAGCCCCUGUCGCAGAGUCUGUCACCCGAAGCAAUAACGAGGCAAGUACGAAUCCAUCCGUUGGCAUUGAGACGACCCUUGGUAUCAACGCGGCGAUCUUCUCGACUCCUUAUCCGUUGCUGAAAGCAACGGAGAGCUCAAAUUCAGCGGUGCAAGAGAGCGAGGAUAGCGAAACUGACGGCGCUAAGUUGGUGCAAAUAGACGAGCCAAGAACGGAGACGGUGAAAGUUAUUGACGACGAAUCAUCGACGAGUUCGAAUGUGAAGACCGAAACAACGACGGAAGAGAAGGGGUCGAAAAUUCAUACGAACCAUCGGGAUGAAGGAUCGAAAGUUACUCAAGUUGCCUUCAGCUGCAUCGAUCGAGAACCGUAUCGCUUUUACGGAGAUCCGAGAGACUGCCGACUGUUUCAUUACUGCUCCCCAGGAUUCACUUCCAGGCAAAUGCUAGACUUCCGGUUUGUCUGCGAGAAUACGACCAUGUUCGACGAGGAGACUCAGAGCUGUCGAGAGGACGUUGUCAACCCAAAAUGUGCCAAUAGAAAAUGGUGAACAAGGCUGAGAUUUUCCGUCACUCGACGCGUUAUACGGGAUUCUUGCAAGACACACACGUAGAACGAUUUUUUUUUUCAGAACAAUAAACGUUGAUAGAUGAAAGAAUUAAUUUUCUUCAAAGUGAUUUAUUGCUAUGAAACUGAACUUCCGGUAGUUGGAUAACAUCGUUGAUGUUAUAAAAAAAUCCUCAAGAUAAAAUCGUUCCACAGAUUAUUGUUUUCAAUUGUUACGGUAGCGCUUUCGCAUGGCCUGAGUUUGACCAAAUGUAAUGAAACGAAAACUUCCAAGCGUUCAACGGAAGGACCUACUAUUUUAGUAUUUAACAUUGCAAUUCGACUUUACCGUCCGAGAUUGAUUUUGGUGAUUCGUGAAUCCUCCAGAUUAUUAGCAUAUUUAUAUAAGAUUUAGAAAACUAUUCUUAAGUAAUUGCCAUAACAGUUUUUGUUGUUUUUUUUUCUCUAAAUCUCAACGUCUGGAUUCACACUUAUUAAAAUUAAUGCAUCGUUUCGAUUCCCAGAAAUUUUUGAGGAGGAUAACAUUCAUUUGCGUUCCUUCGACUGUUAAUAUUUUUUUUCGGAAUCGAAAUUCGGAAAGAAGUGUUUUAUUUGCAAGGAAGCUCUCUCGUAUAUACUAUGACAGAUUUAUAGACUAUAUAAUAAUUAUAAUAAGCUCGGUUUCGUCGCAACGCAAAGGUUUCCAACAGAUUCUCCCUAGCAUGGUUUCAUCAUUCCAAUGGUUAUACACUAUAAUUAUAAGGAAUGUUCGGUAACAAAUAUCGAAUACUAGUAGAUAGAUUUGUAAUACGAAAUUAUAAUUUCCCGUGAUCAUUUCAUCGAGGUAUGUAUAAAAGUGUCUAUGUAUGUAAAUGAUCGGUGUACGAAUAACGAUAUAAAAGUUGUACAAUGUAUGUAUACGAUUAAACAAAAUACAAUAACCUACGACGUAACUGUAUUGGAACGUAGGAUAAUUAGGCAAAAGUAGAUAAUUGAAUAUCGUUAAAAAGUCGCUCCUAUAUAUGUAUUGCUCAAACUUACGGUCAACUAAAACGCACUUAGGCAAGUUGUACAGAGAUUUUCUAUUCACUAACAAGCAUGUAUGAUUAUGAUAUUUUAAUGCCUAAAUGAAUUGGGUUAAUCUAAGGUUUCCCUCGUAUUUAGUGAAACACUGCGGUCACCGCGUCCCGCAGUCCAGCAUACACGAAUAAGCCACGUUAUGCACAUGAGAAAAAUACUCGUAUUCCUGUAAAUAGAUUUUAAGUUAUAUAAUACGUGCCUCGCGUCGUCCGCAUAUCUUUCUAUGGUUACUUUGUAUUUUGGCGGUAAAUAGAUAUAAAUUACUUUUACGCUGGCGAAUAGAUAUAAAUAUUCAAUUACAUAAUAUAGUGUAUGAUAUUUCUUCUAAGUUUGAUUGAAAUUUGUAUUAAUUAUAAGUUGGAUGCGACUUCACCCCGUCGGCCAACCCGAAUCUGUUUCAAACCACGUUGCGACAAGAUUAGCAAGUUUGGUUUAUUAUAUACAAUAAACUUUAAAGCGUGUUGAUCUGAUCGCAGUUAAAGAUUAUUUCAAACUACGAGACGCCAUGUGUAACCAGAUCAGUAGGUACAAGAGAUUAUACGACGAGGAGACCCUCUGUAUUUUUUAAGGAAUUAUAUCACGUUAAUAGCAA